AUGUCGCAACAACAGCUUUCCCGGCUUCUCCCUCUGCCGGACGAAGACCUCAAGCAGGUCUUAGACUACGCCUCGACGCUUUCCAAGACAGAAGCUAUUGACCAUUUCACAAACCUCCUCGGUGACUCUCCCGCUGUCAUCGAUUUCAUCUCGACCUUUAACUCUCGUCGUGCCGAUCCCAAAGCGCCUCCAAAAGCGCCCGCCCUGUCCUCUGCUGCCCGAACACCAUCAGCACCAAGCUCAGCACAGAACUCGGCUCCGAAUUCAGACAUCGACCGAGUCCCGAAGACUCAACGCAAACCCCAGAAAAAGAAGGCACCACUACAAGCCCAACCUUCUCGACAAGUCACGAACUUUGCCCUUGCGCCAGGGACGAAGGCCUACAACAAGAAGGAUGCCGAUCUCGAAUACAUCUCGGCCUCCAAGUCAAAGCCGGCAACACCAUCGAACGAACAAGCAGGAGGGCCCAGCAAGCCGCCACCACCGUCAAAACCUACCGCGCAACCUGCUCAGCCUACACAAAAAGCACCACCAUCUGCCCACGGCACACUGGUCUCUGACCUAGGCAAGCCAAAGCCCAAAUCCAACCCCGUUUCUCGAACCUCGACACCCGGCCCGAGCAAUGGCAAAAACGCUGCCACGAAGAUUUCCAUAGCAGGCGGUACCCCCAUGCACGGCGCCUCCACCGCGCUCUCGGACCUCGACGACGCGAUCCGCCAACUCGAAAUAACCACCAACCCAACCCACACCUCCAACACAGCCUCCGGCAUCGCCUCUCGCCGCUGCAACUGCGUCGCAGCGCGCCAUCCCCUCUUGGCCGCCGCUCCAAACUGUCUAAACUGCGGCAAAGUAAUCUGCGUAAAAGAAGGUCUAGGGCCCUGCACUUUCUGCAACCACCCCUUACUCUCCCCCGCCGAAAUCCAGCAAAUGAUCAAAGAACUCAAAACCGAGCGUGGCCGCGAAAAGAUGGCCGCCGACCGCGCAGCCAACCGGAAGGCUGACGUCGGAGCUGUGCCCAAACCAUUUGCCCGACCGAGGGGAUACGGUGAUGAAUACGAGGAUGCGCCUACGUUGCAGGAGGCUGCUGCCAAGAUACAGGCUCAGCAGCAAGCGCAAUCAGCGAAACAAAAAGCCAUCGAGCAGCGAGAUAAGCUGUUGAAUUUCCAAGCGGAAAACGCGCAAAGAACAACAGUGCGGGACGAAGCGGCGGAUUUCGAUGUCAGCGCCAUGGGAGGUAGCAUGUGGGCUUCUCCCGAGGAACGGGCGUUAGCACUCAAGAAGCAGCAGAAGCUGAUGAGAGAAAUGGAGUGGAAUGCCCGACCGGAGUACGAAAAGAGGCAGCAGGUUGUUAGCAUUGAUCUUGUCGGGAAGAAGGUUCUCAGGAAGGUGACGACGGUGCAGAGACCUGCUACCCCCGAGUCCGAUCCUGAGGAAAACAAUCAGCCGAGUGUUCACCACGUUGCGCCAACGCAGAGGACGAGCGGUGGUGGUGCGUUUAGCAAGAAUCCGUUGUUGGGAGGCAUGAUUAAACCUGUUUAUGAACCGGCUGAUUCGAAAGAAAAGGGGGUGGAACAACUGGAAGGGAGGAGGGAUAAGAGUACAAGGUGGAGGAGGGUGCAGGAUGAUAGGGAUGAUAAUGAGGCUGUCAUUUUGGAUGGGGGCAUUUAUGGUGGAGGGAGGACUCAGGAUGUGAAGACGGAUGCGAUGGGUGGUGGGGAUGAUGAGCCUGCUUGUGGUUGA